AUGGAGGUUGUAAUCCCACCCAAAGAUCAUGAGCCGUCCUACAGAUACGACUGGGACGACGACGGCGCCGUCGAAAGAACAGAAAGAAUUCACGAGCAGCAAACGUUACAGCAGAGGGAGAGCACGGUGAGCAGACAGACAGUGCAAUGGCCCUUUCUCCGACACCAGGGCUCCGCUUCCGAUGUCGCCUCGUCGCGGCCCUUCACUGGCUUCACGGGGAGCUUCCCGGACCCGCAGAGUUUUCCACCAAAGGAACCCCCGAGACGAGCUACCUGGGCCCCCGGAAAACGUAACUCGACGGCCACCAUCCUCGAGAACAUCGUCCCGGACUACAUCAUCAACUACAUCAGGGGAGAGACGCCUGAGACCAUGGCGCGCAGAAGAGAGGAGCGUCAGAGGCAGACUCAGAGUCCCGAGACGCUCGAGGCGAAUGCGCCGCCCCCGGACGUGAACGAGAGCAGCGCUCAAGGCUUUUACGAGGAGGCCACGACAAGCACCCACUCGACGGUUGAGGCCAACGACGACCUGGAGCGGAUGUUGCCUCCGGACGAGAAGCGUGGUUCGCAGGGCACCUUCAACAGGAUGAAGUCAGGGUGGAGGGCCGGCAUUGCCUUGAACAUUGUCAUUGGCUUCUUCAUCCUCAUCGUCGCCAUUGUGUGUCUGGUGCUUGCCCUUGUCGUCGUCGGCAUGAUCAAGGGCGAGAGCCGCAUCUUCGAAGGUGACUGCGCGACCGCCAGACAGGUCAAGAUCGGCGUCUUCGUCGCCAUCAACGUCGUCACCAUUGUGCUGCUGUCGGCCGCCAACUACGUGUUCCAGGUCCUGAGCAGCCCUACACGCAUCGAGAUCGAGAUGGCCCACGACGGGAGGCGGUGGCUUGACAUCGGAAUCCCUUCCUUCAGAAACCUGCGCUUCGUCUCGAAACCGCGGGUCGUCAUGACAGCCAUCAUAAUGCUGGCGGCUCUCAGCACCCAAGUAAUUUAUAAUGCCGUAAUCUUCUCGACGCAACCCGCCUUCGCACACCAGGUCGUCUUCGUCACCCAAGACUUCCUCACGUCUGGGCAGUUCAGCAACGCCUCGGAGACCAACGCCGGCGGCCUGUCGCGCUUCGACAUCCUCGGCCUCCAGAACCUGGCCUCGCGCCGCCAGCUCACCAACCUCACCAACGCUGCCUGUGCCGCGCAGUUCGGCGGCGUCUUCCAGUCCGACUUCAGCGCCGUGGUCCUCGUCACCGACGUCGUCGCCCCCACCAACUCUCUCGUGCAGACGCAAAAAUCCGGGACCUCCCUGGCGCGGUUCAUCGACCCGUCCGACCCCUCGCGGAUCCGGAUCAACAGCUCCUCGGUCGAAUACUGCCUCGCACGCCCGGAGUCUGCCGAGACGUGCGCCGUGAUUCUCAACGGCUCGCUUCUUGGCGUCGUCGCCAUCCUCAACCUCAUCUCCGUCUCGGCCAUCGGCGCCGUCUACUUUUUCACCGGCUUCGAACCCCUCGUCACCCUCGGCGACGCCAUCGCCUCCUUCGUCACCCAGCCCGACCACACCACCCGCGGCAUCUGCCUCCUCGACAAGAAGGAUGUCAAGCAGGGGCGAUGGGGCUAUCGCGAGGCCAAGUACUGGACCUCCCAGGACCACUUCUGGUUCCAGAGCCCGGGCCUGGCCCUCUGGACAUUCUGGUUCCUCACCUGGGCCACGCCCACGGGCCUCGCGGCCGCUGCCCUGGGUGUGACCCUCGCCCAAGACUCGACAUCGUCCCUCAGCCCCUUCGGCAGCGCCCGUCCCCACGAGAUGUACACCCUCCCCAAUCGCAGCGUGCGCGCAGGCGUCACCAUCCUCGCGGCCCUUCCGCAUCUCCUUCUCGCGGUCCUAUACCUCUCCACCAACGCCCUGCUGUCGUCCUACUUCCUCUCUCACGAGAUGAGCCAGUAUGCAUUGCCGGGCAUCGCCCUUCCCCUCCGCGUCAGCUCGGGCCGCCCUCGCGGCGCCCAGACGACCUCCCUCUUCCUUACCCUCCCGCGCCCGUACUCCUGGCUCCUUCUGCUGCUCUUCGCCGCCGCUGGUUUCGUCCUCAGCAACGCCGUCAUCAUGGUCUCGGUCGACGUCCUCCCGGCCGUCAAGGACGAGAAGUUUCCCGUCCCGAUCAACGGCAUCGGCUUCAGCGGUGUCGGGCUGCUCGCCUUUCUAGCCCUGAUGGUCGUCGCCGCCGGAUUGGUCAUCGGCCUGGGCCUCCGGCGCGCAGACCCCUCGCCGACCAGCGUCGAUGGGGCGAAGGCGGGCAACCCGCUCGUGCUGAGGGGCGGGAGCUGUUCCGCCGUCAUCAGCGCGCGGUGCCACCGACCCGCAAGGGACGUGGGCGCGGCGUAUAAGAACGUUGCGUGGGGCGUCGUCGAUCAGGACGUCGAGACGACGUUUGGGCACGCUACGUUCUCCAGCCAUGCCGUGAGCGUGCUAGAUCCCGCCAAGGGAUAUGCCUAG